AAAACAUACUUAUGAUGAACAUUUUCCGAGAAGGGAUUUUUUCCCCGCCCAUGCAAAUAAGCAUCAGUAUAUAUAAAGAAAAUCUACAGAAUCCUUCUUGUGUAACUCCAGGGCUUACAUGGACAGACCAAUCAACUAAUUUGACAUGAAAUUACAAAAGAAGACUUUUUGUCUGCUAUGGAUUUCGUUGAUGUUGAUUUUCAUUACGACAGAAGCUAGAUGGACGACAUCUACCUGGCAAUCGCUCGGAAAAAUUAGAACAAGUUUAAAGUCCAAUCAACAAUCGGCAGAACUAAGUAAAAUAGAAAAUUAUCUUAAAUAUCACGAUGUAUCGAACGCAAUUUCUCCAACAAUAGAAGCCGUUGGUGAUGCAGCUCCAUCUUUGACAAGUCGAGAUGUCACAGAAAUCGUCUCUGGUGCAUUAGACAUCAUGUCAGCAGUUUCAGUCCUGAUUCCAAAAGUCGGUCCGAUAAUAAGUAGCAUUUUAACGGUGAUUUCUGCAUUGAUAAGCGCAAUAGGUGGCAGUGGAAGUCAAACAGACAUUGGAUCGGUUGUUAAGAAUGCUAUCAAUGAAGCACUUAGUAGAUUCGACGAUUCCAACCUCAGAGCAGAAGCAUUCGGUACUUCCAAAGUAUUUGACGUUUCAUUAGCAUACCUCGACGGAAUAACCGAUAUAAAGCAACAUGAAGUUUCUGCUCUGUCUGCACAUGUUCCUAUCUAUUCUGGAGUUAGGUUCAUCGGAAUACUACAAUCAAAGAUAAUGGAGAGUUCAACAAGUGAUGAUAAGCAGCAGGUCAAACGGGCAAUUGAAUACACGCGACUUUUUGUAAAGCUCUCUGUCCUUAGAUCCAUUGUUAUGUGGAAAAUGUACAUCACUGUCAAACAAGCAGGACAUAGUGUGUCAACAGCAAAAAGCAUUCAAAGCGUUAUUAAAACUAUGAAAUUGAGAGACAAAAACUUCUUAAGGUUUUUGACGAAUCCUUCAUAUUCUCGAGCUGUUUUCUUUGCACACUUGAAUCCAUCUGAGUUGCCUGAAGUUUCGAAGUAUUUAAACAAAUGUCAACUUGCCUUUCAGAAUCUGGCAUUCUUAGGGGAAAGGUAUCACAGUUUACGAACCCAAAAAUGGUCAAGAUGGUAUGCUUAUAUGGACGAUGAUAAACAUGGUUCCAUGAUUGGAUCAACAAAUUUAAACAACCAAGGAUACUUCUACUUUGAAACAAUUUCGUCAGUAGACAAUACUUUCUACUUGAGUUCAGCGAAAUGGUCCGAAUGGUAUGUCUACAUGAAAGAUAACGAUGGUGGAACACUAAAUGGGUGGAAAGGAAAUCCCGGGUCUAGUGGACAGUGGAAAAUAAUCAGGUUAUAUGAUGGGUAUUACAUGUUGUCGCCAAAAAAGUGGCUUAACUGGUUUAUAUAUAUGAAAGACGACGAUGAUGGAACAAUUCGAGGUUGGAAAGGCAACCCUGGAAAACAAGGACAUUGGCGCAUAGAAUGAAACUCUAAGAAAAGAAACUUAUAUAUUAUUCAUUCUCUGUAACUAUUAACCAAGGGAUGGAUUUCUGAAAGAUUUAUUUUCUUAAGAAUUUGUUCAUUUUAUGAAUUCCUCAAAUAAAAUCAUUUUUAGAUAUU